AUGGCCCGGCCCUUUGUAGUUUGCGUGUUCUCCGCGGCAAAACCCAGCGACACGAGUUUCGAGAAAGGCGCUGAAGGGGAUGUCUCGCGCGCCCCAUCAAACCUCGAUGUUAGGGGAUUAGACCUAAGAAUAGCUGACAAUAUUGACUCAGAGUGGCACAAUGGAGACAUAAUUAGCAGCUUGACGUUUGGCGGACAGAAAGACUCAAGGUUUCUAUGGCUGCUCAAGUAA